UUUGACACACAUGUACAUGUUCAUGUAGGCAACCGACACAAAAAAUUGAUGAAGAUGAAAACUGCAAAAAAGGUGCGUGAAGUCAGUUGCGAGUUUUUAGAGAACACUUCAGCGCACGGCCUCCCCAAUGCGCACCGUGCCACAAGCGUCCCUAGGAAAGUCAUCUGGAGUCUGAUCUUCCUGGGAAGUCUGGCAGGGUUUACAACUCAGUCCUAUCUUCUACUGGAUGCUUUCUUUAAAUACCCCCACAAUGUGGACAUUCGUCGAGAGUUUGGGAAAAAGGUUACGUUUCCAGCAGUCACAAUAUGUAACUUGAAUCCAAUUAGGCUGAAUAAAAUCAGAGAGAAACUUGAAAGUGGAAACGUUAGUUCAAUUGUGACAUCACUAACCGACAGUAGAUGGCCAGAACAACUUGUACCAGAAGAGUUCGUACAAGAAGCUCAGGGAAUUCUUUCACAGAUGGAUGAGAUCCAAGAAGACCUGUUGUCUCCACCGCCACCUCUUCGGAGAAAGAGAAGCCUGCUGUCGCACUUGGGUUCCCGUUCUAAUGGUUCUGCUUCAUCGCCCUCAUCAUCAUCGACACUGUCUUCUCCUUCUUCAUCAAUAUCAACGAGUCCAUCUCAAACUACAGAUACACUGUAUACGACAGAAAGUUCUAAUUCCAAUAGUCUCAGCCAAUACUGGGAUGCCAGGGAGGGGACAGGCAAUUAUUUUAAGGACAAACCAAACGAUAUGAAAACCAGCGAGUUGUUCGAACAGCUAUACAGCAAGAUGGAUGACCAAGAUAGGGCAUAUUUUGGACAUGACUUAAAACACAUGCUUGUCUCGUGUACCUACGGGCUUAGCCUGCAGCUGGACGUGGAACAGGAACAGUACUUGGGGGGUCUCUCCAAUGAGGCAGGGGUGCGCGUUUUAGUCCACAGUCAAGGCAACAUAGCGUUUCCUGAAGACGAGGGUUUUACAGUAUCACCAGGUUUUGCAACUUCAGUGGGACUCAAAUUGGUGUCGACGUCCCGACUGACCCACCCCUAUAUCAGUAACUGUACCAAUGGCUUGACAACGCUCUACAGAAAUGUGACCGAAGAAAAUCAAUAUUCAGUUCAGGCGUGUGUGAAGUCUUGUCAGCAGUAUCGUAUCAUGGAAAUAUGCAGCUGUGCAGCAGCAUUUCUGGCUUUUCCUGCAAAAAAUAUUUCCAUAUGCGACCUGGCGAAUAAUAAAACAAAAGAAGAGUGUGUUAGAAAUAUCAUGAAUUCGGAGGACACCUGUAUCUGUCCCCAGGCGUGCAAUGAUACUUCCUAUGAAAUGACGAUUUCGUCAUCAACGUGGCCUUCAGAGCAAUAUUACUCACAAAACAUGGUCAGCAAACUGAGUACUAAAGAUGGCCGCUAUAGCACCAUGGAGAAGACGGCCAUGACUCAGAAUCUUCUGAAGUUGGACAUCUACUUUCAGCAGCUUAAUUAUGAACUCGUGCAAGAGGUUCCUGCCAUAACUACUGAAACUUUGAUCGGCAGUAUCGGAGGACUUGCCGGCUUUUACAUCGGGGUGUCCUGCUGCACUGUUUGCGAGUUCUUUGAACUGAUCUUCGGCAUAUGUGCGUGUCUGGUUGCAAAGAUCUGCAACAGACAAUUAACUGUACAAGACUCCAACCGCAGCGAGUCCCGAGAAACGCUGCGCAUGAGGCAUACCACAUCCCCUGUGACUCCUUUAAACAAGCAGAAAAUGGCCGUUUCUUCUUCAUCUCUGCACUUGGAUAUCCCUGAGCGUGACGACCCGUGGUUUAUGGGCUAUCACCAAGGUAACCUACCAAAACGUGCUGUCUACCAACGCGCAACUGCAGAUUCAUGGUAA